AGACUUUUCACCGGACAGAUUCAGUUAGUGUCUUUUUAAGAAGCUCUGCAUCAAAGUAAACCUGACACAGAAAAUGCAAGUGCAGAGAGCUGACCUCACUCUGCUGUUUCCUGGAGGAUCCUCACCCCGAUGGGGAGCAGCCUCUGCUGACGUCAUUGCCCGGGAGACGCCCCAGGAGGUCGCCUCUGCCCCCCUCCGUCUGCCCACCUGAAGAUGGCUCGUGCCCACCCUGGGCUGGUGCCCAGCGCCUGAGGUCCUUACCAUGGUGAUGAUCCUGAGUCAAAGCCUCGACAAGCAGGGAGCCGACCCCGUGGCCUGCAGGACCUUCAACCCUGAGCCGCACACGCCAAAGAAGAUGAGUCAAGGACCGACACUUUUCUCUUGUGGAAUCAUGGAAAAUGACAGAUGGCGAGACCUGGACAGGAAGUGCCCCCUUCAGAUUGACCAGCCGAGCGCCAGCAUCUGGGAGUGCCUGCCGGACAAGUGCCAGGACAGCGCCCUGUGGCACCGGGAGGCGGCCACCGCCUGCGCAGUCACCAACCUGAUCAAAGACCUCAGCCUCAGCGACCACAACGGGCACCCGUCCGCGCCCCCCAGCAAGCGCCAGUGCCGGUCACUGUCCUUCUCGGACGAGAUGGCCAGCUGCCGGACGUCGUGGAGGCCCCUGGGGUCCAAAGUCUGGACACCGGUGGAGAAGAGGCGCUGCUACAGCGGGGGCAGCGUGCAGCGCUAUUCCAACGGGUUCAGCACGAUGCAGCGGAGCUCCAGCUUCAGCCUCCCGUCCCGCGCCAAUGCGCUCUCCUCGCCCUACGACCCGGCGGGACUUCACCCACGGCCUGGCGGCCCGCCUGGCCCGGGGGCACCAGGCCCGGCUACCUGCGGACAGGCGGGCGACCUCUGGGGCCCCGUGGUGAGCCCCGUGGGCAGCGGCCGGCUGGACAUGCAGCGCUCCCUGUCCUGCUCGCAUGAGCAGUUCUCCUUCGCGGAAUACUGCCCGCCCUCAGCCAGCAGCACCCCAGCCUCGACGCCGGAGCCGGCCAGGCGCUCGGGGGGGCUGGCCCGCAGCCGCUCCCAGCCCUGCGUCCUUAAUGACAAGAAGGUGGGCAUCAAGCGGCGGCGCCCCGAGGAGGCGCAGGAGCAGAGGCCCUCCCUGGACCUUGCCAAGAUGGCACAGGUAAGAGCUCCCCUCCCCAUGCACCCGCCCCGGGGAGGCACUGCAGAAGCCGCCAGGGGCGUCUCGGAGCCUCCUCGGCUCCCGGUCCAGCCCGGGCAAGGGCAGGGUGCCCGCGUUGAAGAGGGCCAGAAAGCGGGUUCAUUCGCUUGUUCUUAA